GAACUUUUAGAGAUGAUUCUUCUACAGCUGGAUAUGCGCACUUUGCUCGUAUCUGCUCAAAGAGUCUGUCGUGCAUGGAACACCCUCAUCAAAGACUCCAGCUCUCUCCAGACCUUACUGUUCUUCAAACCAGCGGCCGAACCGUUCCCGACCGAGUUAAGCGCAAGGGAAAUGGUCGAGGAUAACCCACUGCUUUCCUAUAUAUGGCACGAAUUCUGGCGAAAAAGAGUGUCCACUUCGUCUGUUAAUUUCAAUCUACCUCCACUUGAUCCACAGAGAGAGAAUGUGUUCCUCCGAGCAGAAGCAAGCUGGAGACAAAUGCUACUCCGGCAGCCGCCAGUUUCGUUAAUGGCAGUUGUUGAAUACGAGACUUACAGGGCUCCACGAGUCUCAGCGUUUUGGUUCAAGGAGGAAGACAAAUUUACGAGGCUGGGGUAUCUAUACUCGGAGAUCUCGAGGCUAUCCCUAAUUCCUGGGCGAGAACUUCGCUCGUUUUAUGAG